AACUUGGACCAUGAGCAUAAUCCGUGGAAUCCCGAGUUUCCCUGCUGCCUGCUGCUGCCAGUUUCUACGUGUCUUCUGGUCACGUGGCUCCAUGUACAUGAAUUCCUCCAGCCACAGCCACCACUUCCAGCCGCGGGUUGUGCGAUUUGUCCUAGAGGUGCAGUCUCUGCAGCUAGGUGUCAAGGCAGGAGGACACUCACGAUGGGUGACAUUGCACUGCCACGCCGCCUGUUCCUCUGGAGCAUGGCGUUGAUAUACAUGUCUGCCUUUGUCUCGCUUUACAUGCAAAUACCAGGUCUUUACGGUAAUGAGGGCUUGCUGCCUGCGCGGAAGCAGCUGCGUUACAGCGGCGACAGGUCCCUGUGGGCGCAGUUCCAGUCGUCGCCGACGUUGCUUUGGCUGUCGCCUAAACUCGGCCUGAGCACUCACACCUCCGUGGAGCUGCUGUGCCUGGUCGGGGCGGCCCUCAGCCUCGCCGCCACCCUGCUGGAGCCACUCCGAGACAGCCUCGUGUUUUUCGUUCUCUGGCUGCUUUAUUUGUCCCUUUACCAGGUGGGCCAGGUGUUCCUCUACUUCCAGUGGGACAACCUGCUGCUGGAGACGGGGUUCCUGUGCGUCCUGGUGGCCCCGCUGUGCCUGGUCCGGGGGGCCCCCAGGGGGGAGCGGCAGCACGACCGCGUGACCUUCUGGCUGCUGCGCUGGCUCCUCUUCAGGCUCAUGUUCGCGUCGGGCGUGGUCAAGCUCACUUCACGCUGCCCUACCUGGUGGGGCCUCACAGCUCUGACGUACCACUAUGAGACUCAGUGCAUCCCUACCUCCCUGGCCUGGUUCGCCCACCAGUUGCCCGUAUGGUGGCAGAAGCUCAGUGUGGUGGGAACCUUCGUCAUCGAGAUACCCGUGCCCUUCCUCUUCUUCAGCCCGUUGCGCAGGCUUCGCCUCGGCGCCUUCUACCUGCAGUUGCUAUUGCAAGUCCUGAUCAUCCUGUCCGGAAAUUACAACUUCUUCAACCUGCUGACCCUGGCGUUGUGUCUCUCUCUACUGGAUGACCAGCAUGUCAACUUCUGGCUCCGCAAGCCACAGACCACCAACGGUGCUGGUUCCCAGCCUGAGUCUAAGCGGUGGUCCUGGUUAUGCUACUUGCUGGAGAUAGCCGUCUGGUCCGGCCUGAUAUUCGGAGCCGUCGUUUGCUUUGACCUGCAGCUGGACUGGGCUAAGAAAAGUGUCACUUCCAGGACAGCGUUUACGUUCCACCAGUUCAACCAGUUGCUGAAGACUGUCACCAUCCCCUGUAUCUGGGUGGGACUUCUCUCACUCUUCUGGGAGAUGGUCUCUUCUAUGUUCAGGUGUGCCUGUGUGGAGGGUUUCUUCAAGAGGUUCUUGUCCACUCUCCAGUGGAUGGUGUUUGGUGCCGCGGCGGUUGCCAUGUUCUCCAUCAGCCUGGUGCCCUUCACCUACCUGGAGCAGGACUCGGCGGGCCGACUGUGGCCCGGGGUGCGGCAGGCCCACCAGGCCGUGGACCGCCUGCAGCUGGUCAACUCGUACGGCCUCUUCAGGAGGAUGACCGGGGUGGGGGGCCGGCCCGAGGUCGUCAUCGAGGGGAGCCAGGACCGGGUCACCUGGACGGAGAUCGACUUCAUGUACAAGCCCGGGAAUGCCAGCACACCCCCUCCCCUGGUGACCCCCCACCAGCCCCGGCUGGACUGGCAGAUGUGGUUCGCUGCGCUGGGCCCCCACACCCAGGCCCCCUGGUUCACCAGCCUGGUGUACCGACUCCUGCAGGGCCACAGCGAUGUGGUGGAGCUGCUCCAGGCCGACGCGUCCCGGUACCCCUUCCACGCGCAGCCGCCCGCCUUCGUACGGGCGCACCUCUACAAGUACUGGUUCACCGAGCCCAAGGAGGACGGGUCGUACCCAGAGCGUUGGUGGAGGAGGGUGUACGUGGAGGAGUUCUACCCCACUGUUUACCUCGGAGACCCGUUCCUGGAGAACAUGCUCUACCAGCAUGGGCUCAAGGACAAGGCGUCUCCCCGCCGCCCGUCCAACGCCACGGUCCCGCGCGCCGUCCAAUGGCUGCGCUCGCAGGUGAAGGGCCAGUCGGCGCCGGCGCUCAUCUGGAGCCUGAUGGCGGGCAGUGCGGUGCUGUGCCUCUGCCUCACACGGACCCCCCCCCCCAGGCCGGCCCGCCCAGGGGCAGCCCGGCAGGGGGGGUCCAACGGGACGGGCCAGGAAGCCACCCCGGGGGCAGAGACGCCACCAGAAGAGGGCGGGAAGAGUGAGGAGGAGGAGGAGGAGGAGGAGGGGGAGGUUUACAAAGUCAAACCAGAGGAAAGUGAAGAUGAAGAUAAGAAUGACCCUGGGGACGAAGAGCAGGAGGAGGAGGAGGACGAGGAGGAGGUUUGCAAAGUAAAACCAGAGGAAAGUGAAGAUGAAGAUAAGAAUGACCCUGGGGAUGAGGAGCAGGCAGAGGAGGAGGAAGAAGAAGAGGACGAGCGUGCAGAUGUCCCAAGACAAACGGAUGCUUCUGGCAUGAGGAAGCGCAAAUAAAGUAGAUUAUUCCCUUCGUCAUGGCCUUGACAGUGGACUCCCAGAAUAGCCAAAGAGGUCUUAAACGUUAUUUGUAUUUUUUUGGGGGGUAAGCUGCUUUAACUGCAACGCCUUGCAGCACUGCACCGGUACACUUCCAUUCAAAGUAUAUCGUUUGUCCCACCAAGAACCCGAGUGCUGCUACCUUAUCAAAUGGUUUGAAGAUGCUGUCUGUACCCAGAUACCAAGAGAGAUGCAAUGCGAGUGUUUUUACACGUUUAAUCAGAUAUCAAUGCAGUUUGUAAAUUAGGUGCUGUCACAUGUAUUCAGGUUGUGUUUUAUUGACUGUAAUGGGUGUAUGACCACGUGUUUUCUUCAUCUGAAAUAUUUUACUUAAUGUGGCUCAUGUCUGAGGUAUUUACAUUAGACUUUAGAACUACACUGCACUUUCGCCAAAAAUAUGUCUCGUUACUAUAAUUCAUAUGUACAAUAAAUGUUUUUGUAGAAUUCAGAAUAAAAUGAGAAUAACAUUG